AUGAUUCCAAACAAAAUCAAAGAUAUCUUUUGGGGCCCACGGCCCUCAAGUCCCGAAGAAUGUAAAUUGCUUUUCAAAAUUGACUGGUUCGUUCUCUCGUUCUGCUGUCUCUUGUACUGGGUUAACUACUUGGACAGGCUUAACCUAAGUAAUGCAUAUGUCAGUGGAAUGAAGGAGGACUUGGGCAUGAAGGCAGAUGAGUUCAACUUGAUCAACACCUGUUUCAGUGUCGGGUACACUGUAGCUUUGAUCCCUCAUAACUUGAUUUUGCUUAAGGUGCGUCCUCGGUACUGGCUCUCGUUUUGUUCGUUUUCGUGGGGUUUGCUCACCUUGGGUAUGUACAAAGUGACAUCAUAUCAGCAACUCUGUGUCAUUCGGUUCUUCCAGGCUGUUUUCGAAGCCCUGACUUUCACUGGCUGUCACUUACUCUUGGCAUCUUGGUAUACGGAGGCAGAAUUGGCAAAACGUGCGGCUGUAUUCACUUCAAGUGGUCUUAUUGGAAGCAUUUUUUCUUCCACCAUGCAAGCUGCCAUUUAUAAGAAUAUGGAUGAUUUGAAUGGACUAGCUGGUUGGAGAUGGUUGUUCAUCAUUGAUUUUGCCAUCACCAUUCCUAUUUGUUUGUAUGGACUCGUGUUCUUCCCUGACACUCCAGAGACGUGUAAGGCUUUCUACUUUAACGAGAAGGAGAUUGCUCUUGCAAAAUCCAGAUUAAAGGUCCGUGAACCUACUAAGUUUGACUGGUCCAUUUUAAAGCGGGUGCUUGGAAGGUGGCAUUGGUAUCUCUUUUCCUUCUUAUGGGUUCUUGGAGGUGAAAAUGAAUCAUUUGCAACCAACAGUUUGUUUGCUCUUUGGCUCAAAUACUUCGGCUACUCUGUUGCUGACAGAAACCACUUCCCAAUGGGAGUAUUCGCCAUGGGUAUCUUUGCCAACUUUUUGUUCUGUUACUACAUUGAUUUUCAGAAAGGUAAAUCUCAUUGGAAAGCUGGAUUGGUGAUCGCGUGUGUGAUGCUCAUCUCAGCGGUAUUGAUAGCCACUAAUCCGCUUUCCAAGAGCCAUGUCUUUACAGCCCAUUACUUGAGCGGAUUUGCCUAUGCUGGCCAGCCUGUAUUCUUCUCUUGGGCGAACGUGGUAUGCUAUGAUGAUUUAGAGGAGAGAGCUGUGGUCCUUGCAUCGAUGAACAUGUUCAGUAAUGCUGUCAAUGCAUGGUGGCUGUUGCUCUUUUAUGGAGCUUCCACUGCCCCAAAGUUCAGAAAGGGUUGCUGGGCUAUGUUUGCAACCGUUGUUAGUAGCGCCAUUGUGAUUCUUGCCAUACGAUUCCUUCAGGAAAAAGAGAACAAACAAAAACAAGUUUCUGAGUUCAUCGAUGAAACUGACGAUGUCGAUUCUACAACUAAGGGUCAAGAUGUCGUUGUGUGUGUUAACUCGGAGACUUCUUGA